GGUGAUAUGAUUACUGCUGGUGGAGACACCAUUGCUGUAGCACUUUAUUGGCUUUUUGCUUUAUUACUGCAGUAUUCAGAUGUUAUGAAAAAAAUGCGGGAUGAGAUUGACAGUUUUAUUAUCGAACACAAACGAAUUCCUAGGUUCUCUGACCGUAGUGAGCUAAAAUAUAACAUUGCCGUUCAUCGUGAGAGUCUUCGUUUCAGAGCUGUCACGCCUUUUGGACUCUCGCAUUGUGCCACUGAUGAUGUCAUCAGUAAUGGAUACUUUAUUCCAAAGGAUACGGUUAUUCUAGCUGGAACAGAUGCACUACACAUGAACGAAAAAUAUUUUGUUGAACCAAAGAAAUUUAAUCCUGAUCGCUACAUUGGAAUUGAAAAGACAAUGUCGGCAUCCAACAAUGGGCCUGCAGAAGAAAGAGAUACUUAUGUUUUCGGUUGGGGGAGACGCAUUUGUCCCGGAAUCUAUAUGGCUGAAUCAGAAAUCUUUAAUCUUUGUACUCGAAUCUUGGCCCGUUGUAAUGUUGAGCCUGCUCUCAACAAAGAUGGCACUCCAGCCUAUCCAAACUUGGACAAAGUAGUUACUAUGGGUAUUGUUUCUCUUCCCGUAGAGUAUAAAGUUCGGUUUGUUCCCAGAACAGACAGUCCUCUUGAUUUUUAA